AUGCCUGGACGUGCCAAAUCUGCGACACAAAAAAGGCGGGAAGCCCGUGAGGCACAUGACUACCUUAUGUCGCGUGCUGUCGAAGCUUACCACACGGAGCUUGCAAAACCACCUGGUGUUCAACGUCGUGGAGCACGCACAAUCUGCCAUGACUUUGAGAAAAUGAAUCUCGAAUCAACGGGCAAGUUGAUUAAGCUAUCUUUCUCCACACUAAGCCGUCUUGCAGCUGGAGGGAACUCAUUGGCCAAAGCCAGGGCAGCUGAAACCUGGCUCACCACUGAGGAGACAGAGCUGGUUAUUGCAUAUAUUGAAGAACUCGGAAAUUGUGGUUUCCCACUUAGUCACAAGCGGCUACGAGAACAUGUCAAUGAAAUCUGUACUACUAGACUUGGAGAAGGAUUCCGAGGUGUUGGACAGCAGUGG